AUGAUUGCUAGUGCAUGGCAAAGAGCGACCGCUAAGUCUGAUGCCUGUUCAAGCAGUGUGACCAUCUCGAGUCAAAGCGAUGCGGACAAGCUGAGCAGCUGCGACACAUUUGACGGAAGCAUUACGAUAUCCGCUUCUACCAGCGGAGUGAUCACUAUCAAUAAUGUCGAGGAAAUCAAGGGCGCAUUAAUUGCCGAGGGUGCCUCGGAGCUCACAAAUUUUUUUGCCUCUGAUUUGGACAGUGUGCAGGGAGGUAUCACACUGAGUAACCUUGACUCACUCACAACCAUAACCAUGGGCGCGCUAUCACAAGUUUCUUCGAGCAUAAUCAUCACGGGGAAUCCGAAGCUGAAAACACUGGGGUUCCAGAAUUUGGAAAAGGUUGAAGGACAGUUGGAAUUGGAGGGAUUGUUCGAUAGUGUCUCGCUGCCUUCUCUUGAUCAGGUCAAAGGUCGGACAACAAUCAUAGGCCGCAGUUCCAUGUCAUGCAGUAUAUUGGACAGUUUGAACUCCGACAAAGUCUUCAAAAACGGUUAUACAUGCUCUAGUGGCUCGUCUGGCCUAAGUCCAGGGGCCAAGGGUGGAAUUGCAGUGGGUGUAAUUGUGGUUGUCCUUCUCAUUGUGUUGACCCUAUGGUUUGUGCUUCGGCGGCGGCACCAGAGACAGAACACUCGAGGAGUCCAAUCAACUAUUCCACCUUCAUCAACUCCAUCAGUUGUCGUGGCACAUGAUGAAAAAGCCCUCAUUUCUCAAGGCAGUAUCUCACCUCAAGAAGACACAUUGCAUUCAGAAGAACCGCAGACUCUCUUGCCACGGAAGCCAGUAGGGUCAGCGAUUUUCUUGGAUGGUCGCUCAGUCUAUGAGGCCCCGAAUGGAUCCACUCCAGUCCAGGAAUAUCACGAGUUGGACGCAGGGCCAGUCUUGAGCUCUCACCAACGACCAAUAAACGCAAACUAA